AUGGCGAACAGACCACCCUCAUUGGAUCCCCUCGUGUUCUCUAUUCAAGAUCUCGAGAAACAAGCAGAGAAGAAACUGCAGAAGUCGUAUCGAGACUACUACAAUGAGGGUGCAAUGGAUUUGAUCUCCCUUCGGGACAAUGUUGCGGCCUACGACAGAUAUAGGAUUUUGCCACGGAGUUUGCGCAAUGUCAAGGACAUCGACACAUCAACGACACUGUUUGGCCACAAGGUCUCAUUUCCACUUGCAUUGAGUCCUUCAGCCAUGCAUAAGCUUGCUCACCCUGAUGGUGAAAAAGCGACGUCGGGGGCGGCGGCAGCUAUGAACAUUGGCAUGUGCUUGUCAUCGUACUCUACCACUUCCUUGGAAGAAGUGGCGGCCCAGGGCAAGGGCAACCCCUACAUGAUGCAGAUGUGUGUCGUCAAGGAUCGGAGUUUGACGAAGCAACUCCUUGACAGAGCCGCCGCUGCUGGAUUCAAAGCCUUGUUUCUGUCGGUCGAUGUGCCAGUGCUUGGACGGCGCUUGAAUGAGUACCGCAACGAUUUCACCCUUCCGGACGAUUUGGGUUUCCCCAACAUCCUUUCCAACGGGGCGGCGGAAUUUUCGCAUGGGGAGAAUUCGCAUGAUUACGAUCCUAGCUUGGAAUGGGAUGAGAUCAUCCCCUGGUUAAGACAGAACACCAAAAUGGAGAUCUGGCUGAAAGGAAUCUUGAACCCGUCUGAUGUUCUGCUUGCCAUCGAACAUGGCGUUGAUGGUGUGAUCAUUUCCAACCAUGGUGGACGACAGUUGGACGGUGUUCCAGCGACCCUGGAUGCCCUCCGGGAAUGCGCGCGAGUCGCACAAGGACGGAUCAAGAUCGCCGUGGACGGUGGCAUCCGCCGCGGGUCUGACAUUUUCAAAGCACUGGCCUUGGGAGCACAGCACUGUUUUAUCGGUCGCACGGUGAUUUGGGGUCUUGCGUACAAUGGACAAGCGGGUGUCGAACUGGCCAUCAAACUGCUCCUGGAAGAGUUCAGGACCACAAUGGCUCUAGCUGGGUGCCGGAACCUGAACGAGAUCACACCUGAACACAUCACCUAUCUUUCGCCAACUGGAAGAUUGGCGAAACUAUAG